UCUUCUCAUUUGGAGACAAUUUGAAACACUUUGAAGCUUCGGUAGAUCUCUCUAAAUUUUCUUUGUACCCUGGAGCUUCUGAUUCUUUUGCAAGAAUAUUGGCGAAAAUGCCAAAUCUUGAAACUUUGGCUUUGUUAGAUGAACCUAAAAUCGAACCUCCUAAAUGGCUUGCACCGAAAAUGAAUUUGAAACAACUUAGCAUUGAAAAUAUUUUCAUUGAAUAUUCAAGUCCUCAAGUUUCAUCUCUUUUCCCUGAACUACCGAGUCUCUACCUGAAUAUUGCGUAUCCAAAAGAAAACGAAACUUUUCCUACUUCCAAAAUUCACCCGAAUGUCCAAGAUUUGGUAUUAGAAAUCGACUUUGCAUUCGAUAAUUUGAAGUGCAAUCCUGAUAUCGAAUACUCAAAAAUGUUCAAAAAUAUAUUGGUCAAGUUUCCCUAUUGCAAGAAUCUUAUGAUUCGACUUUACGAAAGAUGCAUAACUAAUAAGUUGAUGAUCGAGAUAAUUGAAAUGUUACCCAAUUUGAAUUUAUUCGUUCUAGAGUUAUGGAUAGAUGAAACUUUAGAAAAUAGUAAAGAUUCAGAUUACAUCAAUACUGUCGAUAAAUGUUGCAAGUCAACUGGUCGUCGAAUUGCUUUUUACUUGGUCAACAAUGAUUUUAAAAAAAUCGUUCGAUACUCACUGAAUGAAGAUAUUGCCAAUCCUUUCAAAACCGAUAAUCAAUUCGUUCUGAAGUAUUUUCGCUGUGAAGGAGAUUUAUGUCCAUCAUUUUUCUAAACUGAAAAUCACAAGGUCAACCAAUGACAAUUAUCAUUGUCUUUAUAAUUAUUGAUAACGAUCAAGGUUUUUAAUGAUUAUUGUUAUUCUCAUCAUUUGGUAAUAUUUUUCUUCUUCUUAUUUUCAGGAUUAAAAAUUGAAGACAAAAUGAGCCAAAUUGUGAAUUGCCUAAGUUCGCACAAUAAGUUGAUAGUUAUUUAAUUACAAAGUCUGAACACUUUGCUCGGAUCAUAAUAAUAUUACAGGAAAAACUAUACAUUUGUUGCCCAAUUCGAUCACCAGACGAUUGUCCAGUUAACGAUAAAAUGACCUUGGUAAUUGAAAGAGCUUUUAAUAAUCUUGAACAAUUAGGUUGUUGAGAAAAGCUAAUUUCUCCUUUUAUCGCGAAAAUGAACUGUUCACAAUCCAAUAGAAAUUAAAAUAUAAUCUUCAAUUAUCAAAAUUACACCGAGAAUCAGAUUAACAUCUAACAAUUGAAAACUAAUUGAGUUACUUCCGAUGUCUUUGCAACCAGUCAA